AUGCACUCCGCCCGUGUGCUCUUUGGCGUUAGUUGCGCACGGUUCACAGUCAAACUGUCUCCAUGUCCGAACCCGAACCCUAUGCAAGGACCGGCUCGCGCACAUCGUAGAGUACGCGUGCCUUCUUGGGUCACUGAUCUUGGUCUCAUCAAAGAACGCGUAUAUCCGCCCUUACCCGCUGCGUACAUGAGUCGGGCUCGGACCCGCGCCGAACAAGCCGCGUCCAACUAG